AUGUUUGCAAGGCCAUAUGUCUGUUCAAGUUGCAAGCUCUCGACAUCGAGGCUUCUCACGCGAACACAGAAUCAAUACCUCCAUGCCUUCCCUCCAUUGACAUCUCCGCGGCGGAAGGAUUUCUUCUCAUCCAACGCCCACCUAAAACAAAAACAGCAAAUCAAACUCGAUGAACCAAUUGAGCCAUCUUUUGAUUCUCAAAAACAACGACGACGGAGUGGCAGGAUACCAGCAGCCCCUACUUCCUUGCGACGCGUAGCGGUUGAGGCACAAAGAUCCAAGGACGGUUUUCUCUCGAAAGCGCUUCUCAAAGAGCGGGGAUUAUAUCGGACUAAGACGGUGACUGCGUACGCCGUAGCCGAGCAAUUCAACAUCCGCCGAGUCAGAGACAUAUUGCAAGAAAAAGGAUACGAACCAGAUCCAUUGGAGACAGGCCUCUUCCCGCAGGUCGUUCAUGUUCAAAUACCUAUAGACUCGAUCCGCCGCGUGACCAACCCUUCCAGCACGGAUCUACCAUCCGACGAAGUGGGCGAUGUCUUUGUGUUCCCUUCCGGCACAGUUGUAGCCUGGUCGCUUCCUGAGGGAUUUACCUCGUUUCUUGCAACAAGAACCCUUCUACCGGCAGCAGAAGGUGCUCAUGUGGACGAUCUGGAAACCGAAGAUCUCGAAUUCGUGGAGGACCCGAACCGAGAAAACAGUGUUAUCAAGGGAGACACAAUUAUCUUAGGGACUAACUCUGGCGAAGUAGAAGGAAUGCCAGCAACGCAACAAUCCGUGAACACAGUGUUGACCAAGGUUGCAUUUUCAUCGGGUCUCGCUCGAAGCACAAAGCUGGCCGUUCUGGAGAGCCUCCUUUCAAAUUAUUUCGAGUCGACUCGGCCGAUACCGACUCUCCUAUCAAAGGGAUCUCGUCUUCCUUUUACACGAGACUUCAUUCUCCGCAAAACUGGGCAACUCCUCAGCGUCCGGGCACAGCUCAAUUUGUACUCCGAGCUCACAGACUCUCUUCCUGAUAUCUUCUGGGACAGUCGGCAUGAACUUGGCUUGGAGGGAUACUAUGAUCAAGCCGGUAGAGCAUUGGAUGUGGGAAUUCGCAUCAAGCUUCUGAACGAGAAGAUGGACUAUGCGCAAGAAAUCGCAAGUGUACUUCGGGAACGCCUAAGUGAGACCCAUGGUCUCCGGCUCGAAUGGAUUAUCAUUCUCCUCAUUGCUGUGGAAGUUGGAUUUGAGGUUCUGCGGUUGUGGAAAGAGAGAAUCCACGAUCAAGAGGAGAAUGCACGCAAAAGCGGGCUAAAAUCGGACGCCCAAUGA